CACGUUUUUGCUGUGCACGUGACUUCACAUAAACUUAUUAAAAUAUGGUACUAACUCCAAUAUUCCGAUUAGAACAAGAUGAUAAAAAACUCAAAGUUAUUAUUCAUGCUCCAUUGGCUAAAUUAUCUGAAAUGGAAGUAUGCGUUGAAGAACAAACUUUUUAUUUUGAUUCCUCUCCAUACUAUCUUAAAUUCGAUAUCCCGGGCUCUGUAUUAACAGAUGAAAAUACUUUUGACUAUGAAUUCAUUAAUGGUGAUAUACACAUUACAUUGGAGAAAUCUGAACCAGGACCAUUUAAAGAUUUGGAUUUAAUUACCAAAUUGUUGAUCACUUCAUCUGAAACAAAGAUUUCUAAAUGUUUAAUUGAAGAAGUGAAUGAUACUGUGACACAAAAUCAAAAUUGGUCGUUGGAUUGGUUUAGUGAUUCAAAAAAUACCAGUUCAUCACUGGAUGAUGUAAUUCUACCUAACUCACCAACUUAUGGUUUUAGUGGUUCCAAAUCUGGACUAUUCCAAGUUGAGUCGGAUUUAACACAUGUAGUAGAUUUGCCUAAUCCAGAUUCUGUUGAAAUUUUCAAACGAUCAAAACUAAGAACAAUGGAUGAAGAGAAAAAAUUUCUAGUUGAUCAUUAUCUGUGA